AUCUGACAGGUGCGGAGAUCAAUUUGAAGCUGACUUCGUGCAACUACAUACUAGGAAGCCUUAACAUGAACAUGAUAGCAUAGCCAAUUGCAGAAGUCAACUAAUAAAUAUGCCUGGAAACCAGCUCGCGCACAAACACUGUGAUGCACCAUGAUCGUCCAGCAGGAGCACGUGGAAGGCCGCUUGGGGUAAAGCCCAAGAGUACUGCAAGCGAUGCAGCAAGCAACAAGCCUCUCCUACCACACGUUGAGCCGUGCUUAGCUCGCUCGUUACAACGCUUGUUGCAAGGAUGGAGAACGGCGUCCAGAAAAGGGUUUAUGUCCUGUGAAAUAUAGAAGGGAAUGAGUUGGGUCAGAGAAAUACGCCCGACUAAAAUCCUUGCCUAAGAGGACGUCGCUCGUCAUCCUAACAAGAAGCGCGAUGGAUGCCAGCGCGCGAAGGUCGGCUAUCCGCUGGGAGGUUGGGCUAAGAAAAUUCGAAUC